UGCUGAUUUAGACGUAUUUGAUAACUCCCUACCAAUUAAAGACAAUGGUUUUCCUCCCACCCUGCUGGGUCUCCGAUAUUAGCCCUCAAAUUCCAGCAAGGGUCACUGUUGGUGACUUCGUGCUUGAUGGCAGACGCAAAAGAGCAUCCGUUAGACCACCGUUGGUCGAUGCCUCGACAGGCAGAACCUGUACCACAGAGGAAAUAGCUGAGAAUGUGGAUAUACUCGCAGCAGCAUUACAACAGGACCUUGGAUGGUCACGAGAUGAUGAAAAUUCAGCCGAAGCAAACGUAGUUGGCGUCGUAUGCUUAAACUCGAUUGACUUUCUGAUUGUGUGCUGGGCAGUGCAUCGCAUUGGAGGCACCUGCUUGCUCAUUCAGCCAACUACAAGCGUGCCUGAGAUCAUGUCGCAUAUGGAAAAGGCGCAGUGUAAAGCGUUGGUUGUCUGCGAGGAGCUGCUUCCUGUUUGUAAGCAGAUCUUUGAUCGGCUUCCUAAAUUACCAGAAAAGAUUUACUCUAUGACCGAGAGUGCCUCUUUUCAUGAAACCUUGAACGUCGAGAUCAAGAGCUUGGCGCAACUUUUGACAGAUGGCCGCGUCUUGGAAAAGCUGCCAAACCGUUGGAUGUACAAAGGAGACACAUUCAAUGAAAUUGCGUACCUAUGCUCAACGAGCGGUACUUCAGGACGACAGAGACUCGCUAAAAUCACGCACGCCAAUGUUAUCUCCAAUAUCCUUCAAGUUGUCGUUUAUGAGGCCGAGGUGAAAGCCGACACCCCUCCAAUAGAAGUAGCCCUUGGCGUAUUGCCUCUAAGCCAUGGCUUUGGACUUGUCUCCAUUCAUUCAGAAGUCUUUAGAGGGAAUACUUCUGUGCUUCACAGUAGUUUCAACAUGCAAGUGGUGCUUAAAUCUAUCCAAGAUCAUCGUAUUGAGAGGCUAUACCUGGUGCCUCCAGUAGUGGCUGCUCUCGCCAACAACCCUAUCCUAUUCCAAUUAUUCGACCUUUCUUCGAUUCGAGAAAUUGUUAUGGGGGCAGCUGCAUGUAGUGAUAGUCUUUCUAAGAAGAUGCAUGCGUUGCAGCCCACAUGGAAGAUUCUUGCAGGCUAUGGACUGACUGAAUGCGUAUCUCCUGUAACCUUGACUCCUCGUUCAGAUAUAGCACCAGGAUCCAGCGGAUUGCUGCUGCCUUCGGUGAAAGCCAUUUUGAUUGAUGCUGAAGGACGAGAAAUUACCGAUCAUGAAGUUCCCGGGGAGCUAUAUCUCCAGUCGCCAACACAAAUUCCCGGGUAUCUAGGAGAAAGCGAGGAGGAGGAUGCCAAGUUCCUGGUCAAUGGAUGGCUACCUACCGGCGACAUUGGAUUUUUCCGAAAAGGAACAAACGGCAACGAGCACUUAUUCCUGGUAGACAGAGUAAAGGAUAUGAUCAAAGUAAAGGGUCUACAAGUCAGUCCCUCAGCGAUCGAAAACGUUCUGCGUCUGCAUCCUGCUGUCAGCGACGCAGCAAUUGUUGGAGUCGAAGAUGAAUUGGCGGGUGAACGUCCGUUGGCUUUCGUAGUUGCCACUAAUCAAGACAUUACUGACCAGCAGCAUAAACAUCUUUUGCUAGAGCUUGAUCAAUAUGUCCAGAGUCAGCUAGACGAAAGUCACUGGCUCCGCAAACGGACCUUCUUGGUGGAAGAGCUACCAAAGACAGCAGCUGGAAAGGUGUUGAAGAAGAAAUUAAGGGACGCAGUUAAGCGAUAUAAUUUGAAGGCUAUGGAAUCGGCUAUCUCCCUGAAGAUAGACUUUUAAAAAGAUGCGC